AUGGAGUGUGAGACAAUCAAAAUGACACACCAAGUGAGUUCCAUUGUACAUUCCGUGGCUCCAAAGCUAGAGGAUCCCGGAGCAUUCACAAUACCAUGUACCAUUGGAAGUGCCGAUUUCGCAAAAGCCCUAUGUGACUUGGGGGCAAGUAUCAAUCUCAUGCCAUAUUUGGUCUUCAAGACCUUGGGUAUCGGACAACCUCAUCCAACUUCUAUGAGGCUUCAAAUAACGGACAGGUCAAUGAAGCAGCCUUUGGGGAUUAUUGAUGAUGUCCUUGUUCGUGUUGUUAAGUUCAUAUUGCUGGCCGAUUUCGUGAUCUUGGAUUGCGAAGUGGAUUUAGAGGUUCCUAUCAUUCUUGGAAGACCCUUCCUAGCUACGGGGAAGGCCUUGGUUGAUGUGGAAGCAAGAGAAUUGAUCUUCCGUGUUGGAGAUGAAAAG